AUGUCUCUAGUCGCCUACACCAGCAGUGAAGAGAGUGAGCCUGACGAAGCGGAGCACGAGGAGGAAGAGGAAGCGGCCGCCUCAGCCCAGGCUGGACCCAGCCUGGGGGGCUUCUUUGCCUCCAUCCCCCCGCCCACGGGUCCUGCCCUGCUGCCCCCGCCUCCCGCCAGAGACCCCCGGCUGCAACCCCUGCCCCCACUGCACUUAGGCCUGGGUGACUUUCCUCGGUCCCCGGGCCUCAGUCUGGCCGAGGCCCCGGGGGUGGGGGAGGGGCUGGAGCUGCCCCUGCCGCGGGCUGCAGGGCUCAACCUGCCCCCUCCGAUCGGGGGUGCCGGGCCCCCUCUGGGGCUCCCCAAGCCAAAGAUGAGGACUAGGGAGCCAGUGCGCAUCGCAGCCCCCGAGCUGCACCAGGGAGAUUCAGAUUCAGAGGAAGAUGAACCUACAAAGAAGAAAACUGUUCUUCAGGGAUCUGGUUUAUCAGCUUUGCUUCCCCAACCCAAAAUCCUGACCACAAAAGAGGCUAGCCGAUUGCUCCUGCCCUGUGCUUUCUCCCGAAAACCCACUGAUGGCUCUUCUGACACCCAGCUCUCCAAACCAGUCCCCAAGACCAAAUCUGCUUCUGCUUCCUCCUUUUCCCCUGUUAUGGGUGCCACCACUACUACCCCAUCACCCUCAGCCAUCAAAGCAGCUGCCAAGAGUGCUGCCCUGCAGGUGACAAAGCAGAUCACACAAGAGGAAGAGGAGAGUGAUGAGGAAGUAGCCCCUGAGAACUUCUUCUCCCUUCCAGACAAGGCUGAGACUCCUGGAGCUGAGCCAUACCUUUACCCUGUCCCUGCUGCUUCUGAAGAGUUCCCCCCAGGCACAGAGCCAGAUCCCACCUUUCAGGACGAUGCUGCCAAUGCUCCCCUUGAAUUCAAGAUGGUGGCAGGCUCAAGUGGGGCUCCCUGGGUGCCUAAGCCUGGGCACAACUACAGCAGUCAACCCUACAACCAGUUCUCUACAUAUGGUGACACUAAUGCCACUGGCAUUUACUAUCAGGAUUAUUACAGCAGUGGCUACUACCCCAAGUCUGAUCCAGCCUUAGCUCCCCCCCAGGAGAUUACCCCAGAAGCCUCUUUCAUUGAUGAUGAAGCCUUCAAGAGGCUUCAGGGCAAGAGGAACAGAGGAAGGGAAGAGAUUAACUUUGUGGAGAUCAAAGGGGAUGACCAGUUCAGUGGGGCCCACCAGUGGAUGACCAAGUCCUUGACAGAAGAAAAAACCAUGAAAUCAUUCAGCAAGAAGAAAGGUGAGCAGCCAACAGACCAGCAGAGGCGAAAACACCAAAUCACAUAUUUGAUUCACCAGGCUAAAGAGCGAGAGUUGGAGCUGAAGAAUACCUGGUCAGAGAACAAGCUCAGCUGUCGGCAGACCCAAGCCAGAUAUGGAUUCUAGGCUUCUGGAACUGACUUCCUCAAGGAUCCCAUCUUCCCCUUUAUCUAGUACCAGGUGGCCUGGCCUUGCCCUUCCCAGCUAACACCUUUGGGAGCCCCAGCAGCUCCAAGU